CGGGGCGCCCGGCGGCCCCGGAGCCUCAACAGCCCCCCGCAGUUCCAGCUGCCCAGCUACCAGGUCUCCAUCGCCGAGAACGAGCCGGCGGGCACGGCGGUGAUCGCGCUGCGGGCGCAGGACCCCGACGAGGGCGAAGCCGGCCGCCUGGCGUACUCCAUGGAGGCGCUCUUCGACGAGCGCUCCAACGACUACUUCUCCAUCGACCCCGAGACGGGCAGCGUGGUCACCACUCGCAGCUUGGACCGGGAGACGAAGGACACCCACGUGCUCAAAGUGACCGCGUCCGACCACGGCUCCCCCCGCCGCCGCUCGGCCACCACCUAUCUGACGGUGACCGUGAGCGACACCAAUGACCACGAGCCGGUGUUUGAGCAGCCCGAGUACCGGGAGAGCAUCCGGGAGAACCUGGAGGUGGGUUACGAGGUGCUCACUAUCCGUGCUACCGAUGGCGAUGCCCCAGCCAACGCCAAUAUGCUUUACCGCCUGCUGGAGCCGGGAGCUGGCGAAGGCGUCUUUGAGAUUGAUCCGCGCUCUGGGGUCGUGAGGACUCGAGCUGCGGUGGACCGCGAGGAGGUUUCUGAGUACCACCUGGUGGUGGAAGCUAAUGACCAGGGCAAAGACCCAGGACCUCGCAGUGCCACAGCUAUGGUGCACAUCACUGUGGAGGAUGAGAAUGACAACUACCCUCAGUUCAGCGAGAAGCGCUACCUGGUCCAGGUGCCAGAGGAUGCCCCAGUGAAUAGUCAGAUACUGCAGGUGCAGGCCACUGAUCGGGACCGGGGCAGCAAUGCCCAGGUGCACUACAGCAUUGUGAGUGGCAAUCUGAAAGGUCAGUUCUAUAUCCACUCUUUCUCUGGUGCCAUCGACCUGAUCAACCCUCUGGAUUAUGAGACUAUUCGGGAGUACACACUGCGGAUUAAAGCCCAGGAUGGGGGAAGGCCUCCCUUAAUCAACUCCAGUGGCAUGGUGUCAGUGCAGGUCGUGGAUGUGAAUGAUAACGCCCCCAUCUUUGUCAGCACUCCCUUCCAGGCCACGGUGCUGGAGAACGUUCCUUUGGGCUACUCGGUGCUGCACAUCCAGGCUGUGGAUGCUGACUCUGGGGAGAACGCGCGCCUGGAGUACAAACUCAUAGAGAUGACACCACCAGCUGGAAGCGCUCCCGUUGCGGGUGACUCUGGGUUCCCUUUCCAGAUCAACAACAGCACAGGGUGGAUAACGGUGUCAGCAGAGCUGGACCGAGAGACUGUAGAGAACUACCACUUUGGGGUGGAGGCCAGGGACCAUGGUGUGCCGGUCAUGACCUCCUCAGCCAGUGUGUCCAUCGCGGUCCUGGACGUGAAUGACAACAACCCUACCUUCACUGAGAAGGUGUAUCACCUCAGACUGAACGAGGACGCGGCUGUGGGCAGCAGUGUCCUGACCCUGACAGCAGUGGACAGGGAUGUCAACAGUGUCGUGACCUAUCAGAUCACCAGUGGCAACACCAGGAACCGUUUUGCUAUCACCAGUCAGAGUGGAGGGGGCCUGAUCACCCUGGCCUUGCCCCUGGAUUACAAGCAGGAAAGGCAGUAUGUGCUCACAGUCACUGCCUCGGAUGGCACUCGCUUUGACACCGUCCAGGUCUUCAUUAAUGUCACAGAUGCCAACACACACCGCCCAGUCUUCCAGAGCUCCCACUACACUGUGAGCGUCAGUGAAGACAAGCCCAUUGGCACCUCUAUUGUCACCAUCAGUGCCACUGAUGAAGACACUGGGGAGAACGCGAGGAUCACUUACAUUUUGGAUGAUAACAUCCCCCAGUUCCGCAUCGACCCCGACACAGGCACCAUCACCACCCUGAUGGAGCUGGACUAUGAGGACCAAGCCUCCUACACAUUGGCCAUUACAGCCCAUGACAAUGGCAUUCCCCAGAAGUCCGACACCACCUAUGUCGAGAUCCUCAUCCUGGAUGCCAAUGACAAUGCACCCCGCUUCCUGCGUGACCGCUACCAGGGCUCGGUUUUUGAGGAUGUGCCUCUCUCCACCAGUGUCCUGCAGCUCUCUGCUACAGACCGUGACUCAGGCCUCAAUGGCCGUCUUCUCUACACAUUCCAAGGUGGGGAUGAUGGAGAUGGAGACUUCUACAUCGAGCCCACUUCUGGGGUGAUACGUACACUGCGCAAGCUUGACCGUGAGAAUGUGGCUGUCUACAGCCUGCGAGCCUUUGCUGUUGACCGGGGCAGCCCACCCUUGAAGGCCUCUGUGGAUAUCCAGGUGACUGUGCUGGACAUCAACGACAACCCUCCUGUCUUCGAGAAGGAUGAAUUUGACAUCUUUGUGGAGGAGAACAGCCCUGUGGGCUCUAUUGUGGCACGGAUCAGUGCAGCUGACCCUGACGAGGGAACCAAUGCACAGAUCAUGUACCAGAUUGUGGAGGGCAACAUCCCUGAGGUCUUCCAGCUAGACUUGCUCAAUGGUGACCUUACAGCCCUGAUGGACCUGGAUUAUGAGGCGCGGACGGAGUAUGUGAUUGUAGUGCAGGCCACUUCUGCCCCUCUUGUCAGCCGAGCAACGGUGCACAUCCGCCUCCUGGAUCAGAAUGAUAACCCACCUGUACUGCAGGACUUCCAGAUCCUCUUCAACAACUACGUGACCAACAAGUCUAAUAGCUUCCCCUCUGGUGUGAUUGGCAAGAUCCCAGCUCAUGAUCCCGAUGUGUCUGACAGCCUGGCCUACACCUUUGUGCAAGGCAAUGAAUUAAAUUUGCUCCUUUUGGACUCUGCCACUGGGGAACUCAAACUCAGUCGGGAUCUGGACAACAACAGACCCCUGGAAGCCCUCAUGAAAGUGUCAGUCUCAGAUGGUGUCCACAGCGUCACGGCGAUCUGCACUCUGCGCGUCACCAUCAUCACGGACGACAUGCUCACCAACAGCAUCACGGUGCGCCUGGAAAACAUGUCCCAGGAGAAGUUUCUUUCUCCCCUCCUUUCUCUGUUUGUGGAAGGGGUGGCAACAGUGCUGUCCACUGCCAAGGACAGCAUUUUCGUUUUCAACAUCCAAAAUGACACAGACGUCAGCUCCAAUAUCCUCAACGUAACAUUCUCAGCAUUGCUCCCGGGUGGCAUUCGAAACAAGUUCUUCCCCUCUGAGGACCUCCAGGAGCAGAUCUACCUCAACAGGACCCUGCUGACCAUGAUCUCCACGCAGAGGGUGCUGCCCUUUGACGACAACAUCUGCUUGCGGGAGCCCUGUGAGAACUACAUGAAGUGUGUGUCCGUGCUGAAGUUCGACAGCUCCGCUCCGUUCAUCAGUUCAAACACUGUCUUGUUCCGCCCCAUCCACCCCAUCAACGGGCUGAGGUGCCGGUGUCCCCCGGGGUUCACUGGUGACUACUGCGAAACAGAGAUCGACCUGUGCUACUCCAACCCGUGCGGUAACAACGGGCUGUGUCGGAGCCGAGAAGGGGGCUACACUUGUGAAUGCUACGAGGACUACACUGGAGAGUCCUGCGAGGUGAACGCCCGCUCCGGCCGCUGCGCUCCCGGGGUGUGUAAGAACGGAGGAACCUGCAUUAACCUGCUGAUAGGGGGAUUCAAAUGCGAGUGUCCUCCCGGAGAAUACGAAAGGCCCUACUGCGAGAUGACCACCAGGAGCUUCCCCCCGCAGUCGUUCAUCACCUUCAAGGGGCUACGGCAGCGCUUCCACUUCACAGUCUCCCUCAUGUUUGCAACCCGAGAGAGGAACGCUCUCCUUCUCUACAACGGGCGCUUUAACGAGAAGCAUGACUUUAUUGCACUGGAGAUCAUUGAAGAGCAGAUACAGCUAACAUUCUCUGCAGGGGAGACGACGACUACGGUGGCACCGUUCGUUCCGGGGGGGGUCAGCGACGGGCAGUGGCACUCCGUCCAGGUGCAGUACUACAAUAAGCCCAACAUUGGGCGAUUAGGAAUUCCCCACGGACCUUCGGGGGAGAAGGUGGCCGUUGUAACCGUGGAUGACUGUGACACGGCGGUGGCUGUGCGCUUCGGGAGUCUUAUUGGCAACUACACGUGCGCUGCCCAAGGGACUCAGACCGGCUCGAAAAAAUCUUUGGACCUGACUGGCCCUCUCCUCCUCGGCGGUGUGCCGAACCUGCCUGAAGAUUUCCCUGUGCACAACAGACAGUUUAUAGGCUGUAUGAGGAACCUCUCUGUUGACAGCAAGCCGAUCGACAUGGCCAGUUUCAUAGCCAACAACGGCACUCUGCCAGGCUGUGCAGCGCAAAGGAACUAUUGUGAAAUUAACUGGUGCCAGAAUGGAGGCACAUGUGUGAAUAAGUGGAAUACUUACAUCUGUGAGUGUCCCAUACGGUACGGAGGGAAAAACUGUGAGCAAGUGAUGCCUUCCCCUCAGCGGUUCAGUGGGGAAAGCAUCAUCAUUUGGAGUGACCUCGAUAUAACCAUCUCUGUGCCAUGGUACAUUGGGCUUAUGUUUAGGACCCGGAAAGUCAAUGGCAUGUUAAUGCAAGCUAACGCUGGAACUGGAUCGAAGAUCAACAUUCAGAUACUGAACAACUAUGUGCAAUUUGAAGUGUACAGUGGCCUGAACCAGGUUGCUAGUUUGAAGAUGACCCAGUCGCGAGUCAGUGACGGGGAAUGGCAUCAUUUAUUAAUAGAGCUCAAGAGUGCUAAAGAUGGUAAAGACAUCAAGUACCUAGCUGUCAUGUCCUUGGACUACGGGAUGUAUCAGAGCACUGUGCAGAUAGGCAAUCAACUGCCAGGACUGAAAAUGAAAAGCAUCAUUGUGGGAGGUGUCUCUGGAGACCAGGUCUCAGUUCAGCAGGGAUUUUAUGGCUGUAUGCAGGGUGUAAGAAUGGGAGAGACAUCUACAAACGUAGCUACACUCAACAUGAAGCAGGCUAUCAAGAUCAAUGUAAAGGAGGGCUGUGAAGUGGAUAAUCCUUGUGACUCCAACCCAUGUCCUCAGCACAGCUACUGCAGUGACGACUGGGACAGCUAUUCCUGUGUCUGCGACCCAGGGUACUUUGGGAGAGACUGUGUUGAUGUGUGUAACCUGAACCCAUGUGAGCAUGUCUCCACGUGCGUGCACAAACCUAGCUCAUCCCAUGGGUACACCUGUGAGUGUGGACAAAGCUAUUACGGACAGUACUGUGAAAGCAAGAUUGACUUGCCUUGUCCCAGAGGCUGGUGGGGAAAUCCCAUCUGUGGUCCCUGUAAUUGUGAGACUAGUAAGGGGUUUGAUCCUGAUUGCAAUAAGACUAAUGGAGAAUGCCAUUGCAAGGCAAAUUACUACAAGCCCCAGAGCAGUGACACCUGCUAUCCGUGUGACUGCUUCCCCUCUGGCUCCCACACGCGCACCUGCGACAUGGAGACAGGACAGUGUCCUUGCAAACCUGGAGUGAUAGGGCGGCAGUGCAACCGCUGUGACAACCCUUUCGCUGAGGUUACCACCAAGGGCUGUGAAGUAAUUUAUAAUGGGUGUCCCAAAGCUUUCGAGGCUGGUAUUUGGUGGCCACAGACCAAGUUUGGUCAGCCAGCUGCUGUGCCAUGUCCUAAGGGAUCAGUGGGGAAUGCAGUUCGACACUGUAACAAUGAGAAGGGCUGGCUGCCUCCCGACCUUUUUAACUGUACCACCACCACUUUUGUGGAUCUAAAAAUUAUGAAUGAAAAGCUAUAUCACAAUGAGACCAAACUGGAUGGAGACAAAACUGUACGGAUUGUGAAAGUGCUGCAGAAUGCCACCAAAUACACAAGCAGCCUGUACGGGAAUGAUGUGAGGACAGCUUACCAGAUGAUGAUCAGGGUCCUGCAGUAUGAGAGCCGGCAGCAAGGGUUUGACCUGUCUGCCACCAGGGACGUGGAAUUCAAUGAAAAUAUUGUCAAAGUGGGUAGUGCUCUAUUGGAUCCCAGUAACAAGGAGCACUGGGAACAAAUUCAGCGAAUGGAGGGUGGCACAGCUCACCUUCUACGGCAUUAUGAGGAAUAUUUCAAUAACGUGGCCCAGAACAUGAGGAAAACCUACAUGAGACCUUUUGUCAUCGUUACUUCCAACAUGAUUAUUGCAGUUGACAUCUUUGACAAAUCUAAUUUUACGGGAGCUAAAAUACCAAGAUUUCAUGAGAUUAAAGAAGAUUAUCCAAAAGAUCUGGAAUCAUCUGUUCUCUUCCCUGAUACCUUGUUCAGACCUUCAGACAGGAAAGCAGUACCUACAAUGAAGCCUUCAAAUCAGAGAUUAUCCUCUAAGGUGAAUGGUGAUGGGCUAAGCCCUGAGAGUGCAUUUACAAAGAGACGGAAGCGACACCCAGAUGACUCAACCCAAUAUUCUGUUGCCAUGGUCAUUAUAUACCGAUCGCUAGGACAGCUUUUACCUGAGAACUAUGAUCCUGACCGAAGGAGCCUGAGAUUGCCAAAUCGCCCAAUUAUUAACACACCCGUAGUGAGCACAGCAAUUCACAGUGAUGGGGAUCUUCCACCCAACCUGAUAGAAAAACCCAUCAUCUUGGAGUAUGCCAUGCUGGAAACGGAGGAGCGAACAAAACCCGUCUGCGUGUUCUGGAAUCACUCCAUCUCGGCUGGUGGAACAGGUGCCUGGUCCUCUAAAGGAUGUGAGCUGUUUUCCAGAAACCAGAGCCAUAUCUCCUGCCAGUGCAAUCAUCUGACCAGCUUUGCUGUCCUAAUGGACAUUUCGAAACGAGAGAACGGGGAGGUGCUUCCUCUGAAGAUUGUCACUUACACAACUGUGUCCAUUUCGCUGGUGGCUUUGCUGAUCACCUUCAUGUUGCUGGUUCUCAUCCGUACGCUGCGUUCCAACUUGCACAGUAUCCACAAAAACCUGGUGGCUGCCCUUUUCUUCUCUGAGCUUGUCUUUCUUAUUGGAAUCAACCAGACUGAAAACCCGUUUGUAUGUACGGUGAUUGCCAUUCUCCUGCAUUAUUUCUACAUGAGCACCUUUGCGUGGAUGUUUGUGGAGCAGCUCCACAUCUACCGGAUGCUGACUGAAGUGAGGAACAUCAACUUUGGGCACAUGCGGUUCUACUACGUCGUUGGCUGGGGCAUUCCCGCUAUUAUAACAGGACUUGCUGUUGGUCUGGACCCACAAGGCUAUGGGAACCCUGAUUUCUGCUGGUUAUCUGUUCAUGACACUCUCAUCUGGAGUUUUGCUGGGCCCAUCGUAAUUGUUGUAGUUAUAAACACUGUCAUCUUUAUACUAGCAAUGAAAGCAUCAUGCAGACGAAGGCAACGUUCAUUUGAGAAAAACGGAGUCAUGUCUGUGCUGCGAACGGCCUUCAUCCUGCUGCUGCUCAUCAGUGCCACGUGGCUGCUGGGGCUGAUGGCGGUGAACAGUGAUGUGAUGACAUUUCACUAUCUCUUUGCCAUUUUCAGCUGCCUGCAGGGGCUGUUCAUUUUCUUCUUCCACUGUGUAUUUAACAAAGAAGUCAGGAAGCACUUGAAGAAUACUUUAACUGGAAAGAAACCUCUUCCAGAUGAUUCUACUGCAACAAGAGCUACAUUAUUAACGCGAUCUCUGAACUGUAACAACACAUAUAUAGAGGAGCCAAAUAUGUAUCGCACAGCUAUUGGGGAAUCCACUGUCUCCCUAGAAAGCACCGUCAGGUCAGCCAAGAGCCACAAUAGCUACCUUGCUUAUAUUCUCAGGGAUGAGGCUGCUCAUAAGCUCAGUGGAUCCUCAAGUCAAGCAAGGGCUGGUCAGACUGAAGCAGACUCCUCCAUUUUUCAUAGGGAUCCAUCAAAAUCCAAUGAGCACGAUUCGGACUCCGACAGCGAGCUGUCGCUCGAUGAACACAGCAGCUCUUACGCCUCCUCCCAUUCAUCAGACAGUGAGGAAGAUGGGAUUGAGACGGAGAAAAAGUGGAACACAACCACUUCCAAAAAUAAUGAACGUGGCCCUCUCCACAGCACUCCCAAAGUUGAUACCCUUGCCAAUCAUGUGAAACCCUAUUGGCCCACAGAGUGCAUGACGGCCAGCGAUGGGGAGGACCCCGGCGGGAAACAGAAACUCAAAGUUGAGACCAAGGUCAACGUAGAGCUUCACAGAGAAAACCAAUUGAACCACAGCAAUGAAGUGCCUCAAGACAAAGAGAACGAAGGGCAGCAGAAGGAGAACAGGCCUCUGCCCCACCAGAAUAACCAGCAGCCAGAGCAGAGGAAAGGCAUCUUAAAAAAUAGAGUUACAUACCCUCCACCACUGAUGGAUAAGAAUAUGAAGAAUCGACUACGGGAAAAGCUAUCAGAUUACAAUCAGACGACACUAUCCUCCAGGACUACUUCCCUGGGGACAAAUGAUGGGGUCCGCUCUCCCUCAGACUCAGGGGUGACAGUAAAAAAUCCUCGGAGGGAGCAGUCUCGAGAUCAGCUCAAUGGCAUGGCCAUGAACGUCCAUGUGGGAACAGGACAUGCUGAGACCUCAGACUCAGAAGGCAGUAAUGAAACUUCAAUUUGAACCAUCAGGAAACUGUGAUCGCGAUUGCGUUCUGGACUACUUGCCGUGGUGUCACUUGCCGGGUACCUCGGAUUCGUAGGAGUUGCUGCGUAGUGAGGAGGACGAGGGUGGGAUUGACUCCUGCGUGGUUUCAUGUUAUGGGAGACUCCUGACUGCUUGAAACAGAGACACCGUGCCCCGAUGUGUGUGAUAAAACUACUCCGUGAUGCGCUCAGAGGGAUGUGAACCUGUGCCAAAACACGUGGAAAUGGUAGCAGGGCAGCACCGUGAGGGAAAAAUAACUGUUUGCGGUGCGGACAAGAACAACGCUGCAGGGGUUGCUUCUCCACAAGGGAGAAAUGUGGGAAAACACAUUAUCGCAGUGGAACUAGGUUAAGUCAAUUCAUCAGCCUUAAGACAAGCACCAGGAGAUGUCUCUUGUGAAGUCUUGUCCCGCUACAGUGUGAACCAUUCAGCUUGCUGGACUCCAGGGAGAAAUAUCCCAACAAGUGUCCUUUAGUUUCUAUGCCAGCAUCUCUAUCCAUCCUUUUAUGGACACGUCGUCUUAAAAAAAAGUCCUUAUAUAUAUAUAAAAAGUGUAGAUACUUUUAUAUAUUUUGUAUGGUGAUGCUAAAGAAAAAGUUCCUUUGUAUAUUUUACAUUUAUACCGAUCUUCUUAAUUUGAUAAUAGGAAAAUGAUUAAAAGAGCUUUUGAUAUUUUUUAUAUGAACAUUGCACAAUUUUACUUGAAUUUGGCAUUUGAUAAAGUAACUGAAGUUUGCAUGGAAGCCACCUUAAGAUGCAAUGCAGUUUUCAAAGUAAUACAGUGAAGAUUACAUCUAAAUCCAUGAAUAUAAUUUUAAAGUUUUGUUGCCAGAUUUUGAAACACUUUAAGGACACAGUAUGUUUUUUCAUAACCUCUUCUAAAACCAACAAAAGUGUUCUGUUUCUUCAUUUUGUGAUGUUCUGGCCUUUUCUCUCAAGUGCACUGACAUGUUCAGAAACAGAACUUCAGAACUAAAAAUAAGAAGUCAUAUCUUAAUCUAAGAUUUCAACACAAUCCUUGUACAGAAGAAGCCAAAUCAAUAUUUCCCUUACCAAAAACAACAAAACAAGUGGUAUAAUUGUAUAGUAGGUCUCCUUGACUUUGUUGGCCUGACUAAGCAGCAAACCAGCCCAUGGUGUGUCCCAAGAAGAGGUCCUCCUCCCCCUCUCCUAUUUGACAAGCUCUACGUGGGGCUCAGUUUUACUUUUUCACUGCUUUACUUUUAAUUUCUUUCCUGCUGGAGUCAGCAUCUCACUCAUCAAAGCAGAAAUGUGUGUCUUUGAGAUGUUGGGGUUUCAUUUCCCGAGCUCUUUGGCAAAGCCCUGCCCAUCCUGGUUUUGGGCACACAAAAGGGAGGCAACGUCAUGGUUCCCACCAAACACACUGGCUUCACAAGCAUAGGAAAAUGAAGUCUGUCCAUUCCACCAACUUCAUCUUUCCACAGUGUUUACAAAAAAUGGAAAAACAGAAAUGAAAAACAUUUGCCUCCGUGAUGAAUGUGUGGGGCAGAGCUUCUACUAGUGGUUCCAUUCAGUGUGAAUAUACAGAUCAAAGUGAGUCCUCAGGGCGCUGUUGGUGCCCGUAUUGGUGCCGCUAAGGGUUUUCCAGGCUAGGCAUUCUUCAUAGCAGCUCUUUUGGAAAAAAUACUACCUUUUCUUUGUAUGAAUGUGUAUGUGAAAGGGAACAAACAGAAAAUCAGGCUAAAUAAAAUGCAGGAGUUUAGCAAAAAAUUAAAUAAAGUGUACAGUAAUCUUGGCCUUUGUUAUAUUCCUAUGCAUUUUUAAAUGUAUUUAGGAGGCCUUUGGAAGGGGAGGGAGGAAGAAUGAUAGCAUUCAUUUAAAAACUUGCAACAUAGUGUGUGAAAUUGCCUGACUGAAAAAAAAAAGUUUUGAAUGUUUAAGUGUCUGACACUUGGCUGUGUGCUCAGGCAUUGUGUAUAACCAUGGUAGCUGUUUUUACAUCUGUGUUUGUAUAUUUUGUCCCAGUGAGAUGUAGGUAGUUUUUAUUUUGAUCAGAAUUGUCGCAGUAAAUAAGGGUCAGUUGUAUUAAUGACAAGAAAUUAAAACCUAUUUUUUAUGACUUUUUAAAAGCUUUAUGGCAGAUUAGACACUGGAGGUUUUUUUUUUUAACAAAUGUAUAUUUAUUAAUGUGCAGAACACUGGAAUUGCAGCACAGAUGAAAGGAGAAUUUACAAUAAAUUAAGAUUUUUGAAUUUGUA